AUGAAAUCUCAAAAUUCCACUACAGUUGGAAGUUACCCGCGGAUUGUGGUUGGAGCCGGAAAGUGGGUGUUGCACCGAGGCCAACACUUUGAUCUGGUCAAACAAUUUCACAAGGCUGGAGUAUGGGGAUCCGGUUAUGUAGUGAGCGCCAACUAUAAUCAGACUUCACCCCUGCGAAGCUAUUUGACUGUUUUCAAUCCAUCACCAAAGCAGGGGGGCCCCAUUCAACUUCUUACCUGGGACUCUGAUAUUGUGAAAAAGAUGAGUUGUCUUAAACGUGGGGACUGGAUCACGUUUGGCGGGAAGGCUGGUAUUGACUCGUUCAAGGACACUCACAUUGUGGAAUCAACUUUGAUUGUGACCCUUGUUCCUUGCAAAGGUCUCUCACCUAGAACUCCUAGGACGGUCCAAAUCAACCCGAUAUUACCUCAGAUUGUAAGGGUUGAGUCCCUUCACUGGAGCUGA